CGAAAAUAUUCCACUGGCCCAAACGAGAUGACCCGCCGACCGCGUUCGAUUCAGGUUCUCCUGGGACUGCUCAUCGCCACCGGAGUGGCCUCCCAGGCUCCGGCCAGCGAGUUCACCUUCGGGACGUACCUGCCUACGCUGACACCGUGCUACAGUACGAGUGUCAACAAGAGAAUCGUCACCCUGGGUCCCAUUUCCGAGAUUGUGGGAUUUACACCACCGAGUGCUGUACGAUACAUCCGAGUUUGGACGGACAAUUUGCUGCCAUUUUACGCGACUUUUCUGUCCGUUUUUCCUGUUCGAAUUCAGCUUGCAUCCAUUUUCGGAGGAAAACUCAACGCAAAUGUUCAAAUUUAUUGUACGUAAAGUGAUAUAUUUAAUAAACUGAUUAAAUAAAACUGAAUUCCGUCAUUUCAA